AUGCGGGCAUCCUCCAAUCUCAACUCGCAGAUCCUCGGAAUACUCGAUAAAGUCAAUCAUCUUAAUCAUCUUAAGCAGCUCCAAGCAUAUCUUAUCACCAGCGGCCACUCUCAAGACCAGUUCUUCUCCUUCAAGCUUGUUCGUUGCUGUGUGCUCUCUCUAUCCAACUUCGAUUACGCUCGCCAAAUCUUUUCUUCUCUUGUUUCACCCAAUGUCUACCUCUAUACCGCCAUGAUCACAGCUUAUUCUUUUCAACCGGAUCAUGAUUCGUCGCUCCUGUUAUACCGUGAUAUGGUUCGAAAGAAACGACCUAAAGUCAGUCAUUUUAUCUACCCGCAUGUCCUGAAAUCGUGUCCAGAGGUUUUGGGAUCGAAUGGAACGAAAAUGUUGCAUACCCAGAUUUUAAGAACGGGUUAUGGUGAGUACCCAGUUGUGCAAACGGCUUUACUUGACGCUUACUCGAGGUUUUCUUCGGAUAUAGGUAUUGCAAGGCUACUGUUUGAUGAAAUGUCUGAGAGAAAUGUUGUGUCUUGGACUGCUAUGAUUUCGGGGUAUACUAGAGCUGGUGAAAUGGAGAAUGCAGUUGAGUUGUUUGAACAAAUGCCCGAUAGAGAUACGCCAUCAUGGAAUUCUAUAAUAGCUGGAUGUACUCAAAAUGGGAUGUAUUCGGAAGCUAUCCGUCUUCUAAGGCGGAUGAUUGCCGAUGGAAUGAAACCAAAUCAUGUUACAGUGCUAUGCUCGCUUUCGGCCUUUGGACACAUGGGUAUGUUACAGCUCGGGAAAUCUACCCAUGGUUACGUUCUUAGAAACGGGCUUGCUCCUAACUCCCUUAUCGCAAACGGUUUGGUUGAUAUGUAUGGAAAAUGUGGGAGCUUGAAAGAAGCCAGAAGGGUGUUUGAUGAUACCUUAAAAAGAAACUUAACUUCAUGGAAUUCCAUGAUUAAUUCUUUUGCCCUCCAUGGCCAAAGUGAAUCAGCAAUAAUGGUCUAUGAGGAAAUGAUGCAACAUAAUGUGAAACCAGAUGCUGUUACAUUUGUUGGGCUAUUAAAUGCUUGUACCCAUGGUGGAUUGGUUGAAAAAGGUCGUUCUUUUUUCACGUCAAUGGUUAACGACAAUGGAAUUGAGCCUGAUAUUCAUCAUAUUGGGUGUUUCAUUGAUCUUCUUGGUCGAGCAGGUCAGUUUGCAGAAGCCAUGGAAGUUAUAAAGGCAAUGAAAACCCCACCUGAUGAAGCUGUAUGGGGUUCGUUGCUCAACGGCUGCAAGAUUCAUGGCCGAAUGGAUUUGGCUGAAAUUGCAGUCAAGAAACUAAUCGAAAUUGAUCCAAACAAUGGUGGGUAUGGCACGAUGUUAGCCAAUAUUUAUGGAGCAUUAGGGGAGUGGGAAAAGGCACGAAUGGUAUGGAUUACAUUGAAGGAGCAAAAGGCUUAUAAGAUACCAGGUUGCAGUUGGAUUGAGAUCGAUAAUCAAGUUCAUCAGUUUUAUUCUGCCGAUGAUUCCCAUUUCAAAAUAGAAGACAUGCACUCGAUCUUGGAAAGCAUAUUCAGCUUCGCUGAUGAAAACAUCUUUCAUCAUCAUCUGUUGCCACAUACAGGUAAACCUUGAAUCUUUGAUCUUGCCUGUUGAGUGUAUAUUUGGUUUCAUUACCUCAAAUUCAUAUAAUUGAAGUCAGUCUAUUGAGAUUGAACCCAAAUUAAAAGGGUUGAUGCUAAUUUGAGUUAGCAAGCUUGCAUUAGAAUCAGGUGAAUUUGUUGUAGAUUAUGAUAAGUUGAAGAUGAGCAAAAUGCAGAUGCAUAUACUUGUGAUCUAUUUGUUUGUUUUGAGAUUUUGAUUUCAUAGGUUCUACUUAUUUGAGAAAGAGUAGAUAUGAAAUAGGUCCUGCAAGAUAUUGUAAAAGUUUUGACCUUUGAAUGAGAACUAUGUUA